AUGGACGUGAUUACAAACGUAAAUGUGGGUACUGGUGAUAUUCAUCCCAUAGUUUUAGCCACAUUUGGUGUUGCAUCUUGUUUUGCUGUUAUUAUUGAACUUGAAAAUAAGAAUGUCUAUGAUUUAGACAUGGGUGCAAUUAUUAAAACUGUAUUUAUAAUUGGGGGUUGGAAUGAUAUGUAUUAUAUGCCAUUACGAAAGCAAAUUGAUUUAGUACGUAAUCAUUGUAAAAUUAUGCUUAACUUAAUUGGUUUUAAUAUGCCAGUAAAAAAAUCAAAUGAUAAAAAUAAAGAAGCAGAUGAUGACGACAGUCCAAAUGAUUAUGUCGUUGAUGCUACUAUCAUAUACGAUCGAUCAUCAAAUCCUCAUACAUUUAUCAUUGGUCAAUAUGGUAGUCGUGAACAUCAAAUGGGUACUAAUCGAAAUGAUUCAUUAUUACAAGUUAUAUAUGAAUUUGAUGCAAUAUUGAAAAACUUUUGA